AUGAAUAGCACAGAAGACUAUGCUAGAGUACUUCUUACAAAAUCUCUUACGUCCUUAGUCUAUGUGCCCAUUGAAGAAAUACAUAACGAAGUGGUUAAAGUAGCAGAGAAAAUAACAAACCAUCCGAGUUUAGAACUAUUUCCUAAUGAAUUUAUUUCCUUGAUCUCUUUACUAAAUCAGAGACCAAGCUAUUUUCUGAUCAUCUCUAUUUUCCAAAUACUUUCAGCCAUAAAACUAACCAAUGAGCAAAUUUCUGUGCUUUUAACGUGCUACCAUAGACAGAUGCCAACGGAAGGAGAGUAUUCACUAAUUAACUGGUCUUUUUUAGAGACACCAAUUUCCAUAAAAAGAAACUUUAUACGGCUUAUAGGGAAUAUAGUGCUAAACCACAAAAUACCAAAGGGAGAACCAGCCGAGGGAAUAUGCACGUCAUUUGAUGUAGUGCAGAUUCUGUUUUUCCUGUUUGAUGAUGAGAAUAAGCUGGUGCGCUUGAAAAGCUAUAAGUACGCAUGCAAAAUAAUAAGAAGAGAGAAAAACACGUGGAGUCCUGAAGAAAAAAAGAAGUACAGGCGGCUUGUGAGAAACUUUGGAAAAGAAGGCAUAAAGGUAUUGAAAAACGAGCACAAAGCAAAAAAGCAGAUGAAAGAGUAUGUCAAAAUUAAAAAACUUGUAGUUGAAUCUUUUGUAAAGAUCAAAAUACGUCUGGGGAGGAGUAUGAGAAAGGGCAACUCUACAAUUAGAAUAUCUAUAUCCCAGAAUAGGCAAGUAAAGAAGAAGCAAAAUACCAAGAAGGAGCUAAAAGUCAUCCGGAAGAACACGGUAAUAUACAUACAGAAAGAAGAGAAAGUCGUUCUAGAGGUUUUAAAUCAGGAUGAAGUAAUAGGAAAAAUACGGAUUAGCUAA